AGGCUUCUCGCCGAACGAGGUGUGGAUUGAGGUGACCGUGGCCGCUUACUUCCGGUUCCUAGGGAUACACUUCCGGUUCCUAGGGAUGCGCAUCCGGGUUACGCUAGCGCCGCGGUUUACUCCACUCGUUGGGUUCUACUGUGGGUCUGGACCGGUCCCCAUGUCCUGCUGUGGGGCUUCUGCAGCCUGUGGACUGUGAAGACUGCUGAGAGAGACUUGCAGUUCAGUCACAUAAGCAUAAUAAAGAAAUAUUGGGCCUCAUGGAAGAAGAACAAGAUUUACCAGAGCAACCAGUGAAAAAAGCCAAGAUGCAGGAAUCAGGAGAGCAAACUUUAAGUCAAGUAAGCAAUCCGGAUGUCAGUGAGCAGAAACCUGAAACAUCAAGCCUUGCUUCAAACCUUACCAUGUCGGAGGAAAUUAUGACAUGCACCGAUUACAUCCCUCGCUCAUCCAAUGAUUAUACCUCACAAAUAUAUUCUACAAAACCAUAUGCACAUAUCCUCUCAGUUCCUGUUUCGGAAACUGCGUACCCUGGGCAGACUCAGUACCAGACACUACAGCAGUCUCAACCCUAUGCUGUCUACCCUCAGGCAACCCAAACAUAUGGACUACCUCCUUUUGGUGCAUUGUGGCCAGGUAUGAAACCUGAAAGUGGUUUAAUUCAGACUCCAUCUCCAAGUCAACACAGUGUUCUUACCUGCACUACAGGGUUAACCACAAGCCAGCCAAGCCCAGCACAUUAUUCUUAUCCCAUUCAAGCUUCAAGCACAAAUGCCAGCCUGAUAUCCACUUCAUCUACAAUUGCCAAUAUUCCAGCAGCAGCAGUUGCCAGCAUCUCAAACCAGGACUAUCCCACCUAUACUAUUCUUGGUCAGAAUCAGUACCAGGCCUGCUACCCCAGCUCCAGCUUUGGAGUCACAGGCCAGACUAACAGUGAUGCCGAGAGCACCACAUUAGCAGCAACCACAUACCAGUCUGAGAAGCCUAGUGUCAUGGUACCUGCACCUGCAGCACAGCAGAGACUUUCCUCUGGAGACCCUUCUGCAAACCCAUCUUUGUCCCAGACUACACCAAGUAAAGAUGUUGAUGAUCAGUCCAGAAAAAACAUGACUGGCAAGAACCGGGGCAAGAGGAAAGCUGAUGCCACUUCUUCCCAGGACAGUGAAUUGGAACGGGUAUUUCUGUGGGACUUGGAUGAAACCAUCAUCAUCUUCCACUCUCUUCUUACUGGAUCCUAUGCCCAGAAGUAUGGAAAGGACCCAACAGUAGUGAUUGGCUCAGGUUUAACAAUGGAAGAAAUGAUUUUUGAAGUGGCUGAUACACAUCUAUUUUUCAACGACUUAGAGGAGUGUGACCAGGUACACGUGGAAGAUGUGGCUUCUGAUGACAAUGGCCAAGACUUGAGCAACUAUAGUUUCUCAACAGAUGGUUUCAGUGGCUCAGGAGGCAGUGGCAGCCAUGGUUCCUCUGUGGGUGUCCAGGGAGGUGUGGACUGGAUGAGAAAACUGGCUUUCCGCUACCGAAAAGUGAGAGAAAUCUAUGAUAAGCAUAAAAGCAAUGUGGGUGGCCUCCUCAGUCCCCAAAGAAAGGAAGCACUACAGAGAUUAAGAGCAGAAAUUGAAGUUUUAACAGAUUCCUGGUUAGGAACUGCACUGAAGUCCUUACUCCUCAUCCAGUCCAGAAAGAAUUGUGUGAAUGUUCUGAUCACUACCACCCAGCUGGUUCCAGCCUUGGCCAAGGUUCUCCUUUAUGGACUAGGAGAAAUAUUUCCUAUUGAAAACAUCUAUAGUGCUACCAAGAUUGGUAAGGAGAGCUGCUUUGAGAGAAUUGUGUCAAGGUUUGGAAAGAAAGUCACAUAUGUAGUGAUUGGAGAUGGACGAGAUGAAGAAAUUGCAGCCAAACAGCACAACAUGCCUUUCUGGAGGAUCACAAACCACGGGGACCUAGUGUCUCUUCACCAGGCUUUGGAGCUUGAUUUUCUCUAAGAACUGGAAUAAGGAGCCUACCCUGUGAACUUUUCACUCCUCAAGGGAGCUAGAGACUGGAACCAACUGGGAUCUUUCUCUCUCUCUCCCUCUCUCUCUGUCUUUCUCCAUCGAACGCUGGCGAGAACACAAUCAGAACCAAGAGCUGCAGUUUUUGCCAAGAGUGAGCCGUAGCCCCCAUGUUCCUCCUCGUACAGAAGCAGGAGACAGUUGGAUAGAGAGAACAAUAGACUCACUGCAGCUACAGUGCUUUUAAUUCUUCUGUGUUUUGUUUUGUUGUUGUUGUUUCAAAAAAUGAAGAAAAAGAAAAAGGCAAUUCUUGGGGCAGAGUUGCACUCUUAGUCCAUGACCAGAUUGAGAACUGCUAUUAACUUGUGGUGAUGGGAUAAAUGCAGCAGAUUUUAUAAUAACAUCUCUUGCAGUCUAGAAUCUCCAUAGCUGUAGAACUUAUUUCCAGGUGAACGUGUAUGUUAUUUUUGUAGGUUAAGGGCCUGGUCUCUGAAGCAGGUUUUCCCUCCUUUUUCUAUCAAGAAAGGGAUGUGUAAAGUUUCCUUGAAAAUAGUAAUUGAAAUAUCUAAAAUACCUCUCUGUGGCAGUAGUGCCUCUUCAGCUGCUGCAGUGGUCUGCUCUCUGGGAUGGUUCCUUCCCUGUUCUUCCAUCUUCUAGUUUGCUGAACUAUGGGGGCACCGGACACUGAGCAACUUUAAACUUUGGCAUUUCCCAUCCUAGAACUCUUAGUCCCCUUUGCAAUCCUUCUUCCCCUUUAGCCAAAUGGCACAACCCCAGAGACUCCUUUUCUUAGACAGUAAAUUCUAAGCCUUCAGCUUGACUUCUUAGUCAAAGACUGUGUCCCCAGAGGCUUAGCCUCCAAACUAGAGAGAAGGGGCUAAGACUUCUUAGGAAUUUCAGCUUCUUUAGCUCUUGAGACAGAAAGCUUCCACUUAUUCCUCCUGCAGAGAAGCACCCUUCACCCGUGAAAUGCUCACCCCUGCAGCCUCUUCCUUCUUAGUCAUGCUCAUAUCCACCUCCAGGCUCUGGCCAGUCUCUGGGUGUUGGACCCAAGAGGUCAAAUCAAGUCUAAAAACCGGCUUCUAACUACAGUUUAGCCAGAAUUACCAGUGUAUUUGGCCUCCUUUGAGGGAGCCCUUAAGCCAUAUGAAGGGUGUCCUAGGCAUAAUAUUUACCCAGAUCUCUGCCUGAAAAGAGAAGAUUGCUGUAAUUAAAGCCCAGUCUCUCAUGGAACACCUUGCCUCUCAAAUCCCAUUUUAAAGUGGGAAACCAGAAGCCCAGAAAGACUUUUCCUGAUUUAAAUGAGAGUGCUGGAUCGUUUGCUUCAUGUCUGAAAACCUAAUCCUGGGCCAAAUACAGGGCAUCUCAAAAAAAGCAUCUGGGCAGAUUGGUGGGUACCCAGGCACUAGUCACAGCCUUCCAGCCCAAUGUUUGUUGGGUGCCCCAUCCCUCCAAGACCUGGGCAUCUCCUAAGGCAGGAUAAACCUCCCUAGAGCUGAAGAAGUUCAGCCUCUCCCAGGCUGCACAGAGAGCAAUGCAGGCUUGAUCCUCAGGAGGCAUCCUUGAACAAGCCCAGCUACGAUCACUUGUGCCCAGAGACUCUGCCUACCUAUUUUCAGAAAUGUUACAGCACAGAACAACAAGACUUCCAGUGCCAGGUCACCUAGAUGGCAACAGAGAUAGGCUGGAAUACACAGUCCUUCAGAACUCAUUGAAAAGUGCUUCAUGACUCGCAGUGUUAGGGAGUUUUUGGAGAGUAGCUGAAGGCAGUGCUCCAUUACUUAGCUGCCUCUUUGGCCUUGCUUCCUGUGGGGGUGGGGGGCGGGAGGUGGAGUCUCGAGGUAGACCUUGCCUUGGUCUGUAUUCCGCAUAUUGCCCCGAUGCUGCUUUGCCUCACUUGAUGGCUGAUCUUAAAAAGCUCUGGGUUUUACUUUCAGGCGUCAGGCCCUCCCCCCUAUUGCCAAUAUAGCUGUUGGUUUCCUGUCCUGGACAAAGGCCACCCUGUUGGUGCUUUGGGUUUGUGAGGCUGUGGAGUGGUACCCCAUGUAAGUACACACAAAUACUUCCCUCUCCCCAUCCUGUGGGAGCUCUUUAACUCUUAGACUAGGACUUGGACUCUUUUAUCAAUGGACUUUUUCUUCUUUCCCUGACUUCCCAGCUUAGCUCUUUCCGAAAGGAACUUGAACUUGGCCAAGAGAAGUAAGGAGGCUCUCUGAGCAGAGCAAUCUACUGCUUUCUGGUUCCUACCAUCCUCAUUUAGAGGACAAACAGAAAAUAGGAGCUUUUUGGCUCAUCUUUGCCAAAUUAAAUUGUCCAGGAAACACAUUGCUCUUCUUACUUACCCUGUCUUUUCCUCCUCCCCAGCACAAAAAUCUAGAAACAGUAAGUGGGUAGCAUCAAGAGCUGUUGGAAGCUGAGGGCCAAAGGGUACUGUGGGUCCUUUCAUCAAGGGGGAAGCCCUCUUUGCUAGAAAGAGCCCCCCAUGAAACUAGCCAGAUGCUGAAUCCUUCCCGGCAGGGCACCUGGGUUCUCUGAGAUGGGUCUGCACAUUUCAUGGUGAGGGCUGUCUCUAGCAGCAGAGCUGGAGUCGUCAGGUAUGUCCUGGAUUUAAGAGGAGUCUUGACUUUGGAAUGUAAAACUGACUGUGCCUUAGCAUCACCCUGUCCAGUGCCCCUGGGGCAGCUGGUUGUGUCCAGGAGAAUGGACACCUGCUCCAGAUUUAGAUGCCCAUUUGGGCUUUUGUUUGAUUUGGGGUGUUCCUGUCUUCUGCUCUGCAGGUUGGGGGGAGGGUGGGCAAAGCUAGUGUCCCAAGAGACUUGUGCCACAGCUUGUUCGCAGUUUACACAAACUCAGCUUUAAAGCUCCGAUAGAUCUGAUUGGCAAACUCCAGCUGCAGCAUAUGGAGCUUCUAGAUGUCCACUAGCUUGAAUGGGUGUCAGUGCCACUGAGCCAACGGGGAGAAGAGUACAGGGGCAGAGCCGUGUCCGUCUCCCUCUUCCUUGGGAGAGCAGUGGUCCGGGCCAAGGCGUGGUGAGCCUUCUUCUCACUGCUCACUCCUCCUCAGGGGGGCAGUGAGGGCCCCUCUUAAGCAAGCUUCUAUUUCUUACCACUAAAUUAGUUUCCUUUUUCAUCCAAAAGUUAGAACUCCCCAGAUACCACACUAAAGAAGCCAAAUCUGAAUUCUGAGAUUCUAAAAUAUCUUAAACCACAAGAGAGAAAAUCUAGUUCUGCUUCAGCCCCAAUCAGCAGGCUGUCCCUUCCUCUCCUCUGAGUCAGACAGCUCCAGAAAGCAAGGCUCCUUGGCUAGUUCCUGCUGCACUGACGGGAGCCAUCCGGUUGAGGACGACUUCUACUCAAAACACGACUCUCCCUCUGGACUUCAGAUGCCUCUUUUAGCAGGAAAAGGCAUUGAUUGGAUUAGGUAUAUUUAUGUGACUGCGGGCAUUCGUGGCUGUAGAAUCCUUGACCAUGAUGUUAUAUGUAUUGGGAACUAUCUUAUAAACUUGAAAAAAAUAAAGUUUUUAUUUUCUAUA